AUGGCCUCUUGGCUGAUAUGCGUCAUACUUGCUAUUUGUAUCACGGCUGAUGCUUCGAUAUUUGAUCACAAAAGAUAUAAAAGGCAAACAAUUGUUUCAACUAACGCAGAGACUAACGGAGUAGCUGAUGAUGUUGAAUCAAGUGCGAUGUCUCAUCAUUACAAGAACGCCGAUGGUGUAGUUGGUAUGAAUGUAUCCUCAGCUGGUAAUGCUACCGGUGCGAACUCAGCAUCUAUUGAAAACAAUGCCGAAGGAAGAGUGGGAGACACAAGCAUGUCUGCAACUGGAAACGUAGACUCCAAAGGAAAAGAUUCAAUGUCGUAUUCUGAUAUUUUUGCUGUAGUAGCUGGAGAGAAUAAGACAAUAGCUAGUUUCCAACAAGGUCGAGGUAGCGGUCUUGGCGAUACAUCGGCUCAAGCAACGGGACAAGCAACAAUGGAAACAAACGGGAACCCAAGUCCACUCAGUAGUGACAAAACCAUCGCGACUGCGGGGGCGACCGGAUCACAAGGAUCCCAAUCUGAAGUGAUGUCUAAUCAAGUUCUCACCUGGGACUCUCUACUAGCAAAACUGGUUGGCUCAGCUGUUGCCGAGGGUAUUGGCAACGCACAAGCGAACGUUGACUUGGGUGCAGGGAACGCUAACAAUGGUGUGGAAAUGAAUGGAGUUGUUUCUGGAGUUCAAACAAAUGGAGGAAAUGUGAAUUCUCAAGUAAACGGUAAUGCUAACAUGGACGGAGAUAAGCAUGACCUUGUUGGAAAUAUGUAUGGUCAAGUGAAGGGCGAUGGGGGUAACAGCUCCCUAGUUGGAGCAACUCAUCUGAACAGCAACACUACGACAAACUCCAGUAUCAGUUCUUUCUCGGACUCAAAUAUUGCAUCUAGUGGAUCGAAUAAAAUUGACAUGAUGUCCGAAACUGAUUUGGACAACAAGAAAGGAGCCAAUGGUCAUGUUUUAACAAAUGGUACUUCCAACAGUGCAGAUCACGCCAUGACAGUACAGAAUGGAUUAAAAGUGAAAGAUACUAAUGGAGAGACGCUUGCUAUUGGUAAUGGUGCCAUACAUGGAUCUGGUACCGAAAACUCAAAUGCAUCAAUCAUAGUGGACACAUCAUACAAUCAAAACGGGGACCCGAGGAUCAUUGCUAAAGGAGAAGGCCAAGCAGUAUCUAACGAUAAAAACUCUACAUUGAACAUAGGCGCGAAUGCGGAUGUAUCAAACUCGAAUGGCCUUAACAAUACUGGGUAUGCGAAUGCAAGUGGAAUAGUUCAUGGAGAAUACAAUAACCUAACAGGAGUAGCAUUCUUGAAUGUAGAUAACGUUGGAGCUAAUGGAAAUGCUAUGAUGGAGGCAAGAGGUGGAGGAGCUGGUAACAGCAGCGCACAGACAAACACCGCUUUAGAGCUAGGAGAAGGAGAUCAAAAACGAAAUGCCAGUGUGAACGGUGCAGUUUCUGCUUCAGGAGAUAAGACAAGUGUUCACUCUAUCUCUGUUGUGACCGACAAUAACGGCGAACAAACAUUAUCCAAUUAUCAAAGAGCAACAUCAAACUCCAAAGGAUCUUCCUCUGCUUCAGCGUCCAACUACGGAGUUUUGAAAAGACGAAAGAGAUCAUACCUUGGCGUUUUAUACGAUAAAGUGUUUUAG